AUGUGGUGCCUAGCAGCUGUCCCCAUCAAGUGGGCAGUGUGCUUCACGCUCUUGCGAAUAGCCAACAAACAGAAAGUAUACGUGAUUUCAAUCUACUUUGCCAUGGCAUCUGUGUUCAUUGUCAUGGUUUCGACCACAAUCUACGAAUUCUUUCAUUGCGACCCGAUAGCAAUGAAUUGGAAGCCUACAAAAAUUGAAGGCGGCCACUGCAAGGCUCAGAGUAACAUCACUGGCUUCAGUUUCGCUCUUUCCGCAGUGUCCAUCGUUACGGAUUGGUUCUGUGCCUUGAUUCCGAUUCCGUUACUAUGGAAAGUUCAAAUGGACAAACGAAUCAAAAUGUCUGUGGUCGCACUCCUUGGUCUUGGAAUAUUCACAUCGGUCGGCCCUCUUGUGCGAUUAUCUGUGACAGUGAAUCUCAGUUCCACGGAAAACUUUCUACACAACGCGAUGGAUGUUGCCGCCUGGGCACAAACCGAGAUUGGUCUGGGAGUUAUUGUUGGAAACUUGCCAGCAUUACGACCACUACUUGAGAAAGUCCUUUCUAUGCGCAGUACCAUCCGAAGCGAUAAACGCAGCAAGCAACAAAAGUCGACUGAUCAAUACCUGGAGCUAGGAGAGGGAAUAUCGAGCCGACAUACAAAAUCAAAGAUGGGCAGUCAGAAGGGCACUGAAACUCGCGUGUAUGGCGGAACAACAAUGGCCGGCAGCGACUCAUCUCUGGAUGAUCGCGAUGAUCACAGUCAAAAGAACAUUGUCACCGAACCACAAGGGGUUCCAUCCAACGGCAUCAUGGUCGGACAUCAAGUGGAAAUUCAUAUUAAACACAACGACCAGUGA